AUGCCGCCGAAGGGGUCCGGCGCAGGCGAGGCUUCCGCGGGCGCGGCGCCCACUCCGCUCAGGAAGGGUAAGACUAUUGAGCAGAUCUACCAGAAGAAAACGCAGCUCGAGCACAUCCUCCUGAGGCCAGACACGUAUGUAGGUUCGUGCGAGCAUCAGAACCAGGAGAUGUUUGUCUUCGACGAGAAAAAGGGAGAGAUCGUUUGGCGCAAGAUCGACUAUGUGCCUGCACUGUACAAGAUCUACGAUGAAAUACUUGUCAACGCCGCAGACAAUGCCAUGCGCGAUAAAACAAUGAAUCUGGUCGACAUCACGAUUGACAAAGAAGCGGGUAGCAUUUCAGUCAUGAACAAUGGCAAAGGCAUCCCAGUGCAAAUGCACAAGGAGCACCACUGCUACGUGCCGGAGCUUAUUUUCGGCCAGCUUCUCACCAGCGACAACUACGAUGACAACGAGAAGAAGGUGACGGGCGGCCGCAACGGCUUCGGGGCGAAGCUCACCAACGUCUUUUCCAAAAAGUUCAUCAUAGAGACUUGCGACAAGACGGUCAAGAAAAAGUUCACCCAAGAAUUUACUGAUAACAUGAGCAAUAAGCAGAAGCCCAAGGUGGUUGACUACUCAGGCACCGAUUAUACGCGUGUCACAUUCUGGCCUGACUUGAGCAAAUUUGGGAUGAAGAAGCUCGACGACGACAUUGUGGGCUUGAUGAUGAAGCGCGCCUAUGACGUCGCUGGCUCCACUCGGGAGUCCAUUAAGGUAAUCCUUAACGGAAAGAAGUUGCCAUGCUCGAAUUUUGAGGAGUAUUGCAAGUUGUAUGUUGCCGGGUCAGGCGGUGGAGAAGGUCCCCCCCCUCUGUUUUAUGAGCGCGCGAGCGACCGCUGGGAAGUGGCCUUCAGCAUGAGCGAAGGUGUUUUCAGCCAGUGCAGCUUCGUCAACUCCAUAAAUACAAUCAAGGGUGGCACCCACGUCGUGCACGUUAGCGACCAGAUAGUAGAUGCCCUCCUCAAGGUGGUCAAGAGCAAGAACAAAGGCGGCAUCGAGAUCAAGCCUGCCCACGUGAAGAACCACCUGUGGGUCUUCGUGAACUGCCUCAUCGAGAAUCCGGCUUUCGAUUCACAGACGAAAGAGACCCUGACGACUAAGCAGACCAAGUUCGGUUCCUCGUGCGAACUGCCAGAGAGGUUUAUCAAGCAGAUCAUGAAGAGCGGCGUGGUCGACCUGAUCCUCGACUGGGCGCGGGCGAAGCAGAAGGUGGACCUCGGCCGCCAGCUGAAGGGCGGCACGAAGAACAUGACCCGCGUCCUGGGGGUCCCGAAGCUGGAGGACGCGAACGACGCUGGCACGAAGAACUCGCAUGAGUGCACGCUCAUCCUCACCGAGGGCGACUCGGCCAAGUCCCUGGCGGUAGCAGGACUCGCCGUCGUAGGACGGGACAAGUACGGUGUCUUUCCCCUCAAGGGCAAGGUUCUCAACGUGCGGGAUGCAAACUUCAAUCAGGUCACCGGCAACCAGGAGAUCCAAAACCUCUUGAAGAUCAUGGGGCUCGACAUCAAGCGCGAGUAUGAUUCCGUCAAGGGCCUUCGCUACGGAUCGAUCAUGCUGAUGACGGAUCAAGACGCCGAUGGUUCGCACAUCAAGGGUCUCCUCAUCAAUCUAAUUCAGUAUUGGUGGCCAAACUUGGCGAGGCACUACGGCUUCAUGAAGGAAUUUGUCACUCCCAUUGUAAAGGUAUGGAAGGAGGGCAAGAAGAGCGAAGACCGCAAAGACGAGAAGGUGUUUUUCACGCUCACGGAGUACGAGAAGUGGAAGAAGAGGACCAACAAUGGCAAAGGUUGGAAAACGAAGUACUACAAGGGUUUGGGAACCAGCACUGCGAAGGAGGCGAAGGAAUAUUUCAAGGACAUCGAGAGUCACGAACUGUCCUUCCGCUGGCACGACGAGGAGGAUGACGCUGCAAUCGACUUGGCCUUCAACAAGAAACGAGCAGAUGACCGCAAGGAGUGGAUUAACAGCUACGUGGAGGGGGCCCACGUUGACCAUUCCCAAAGCAGCCUCACGUACCAUGACUUCAUUCAUAAGGAGCUCGUGCAGUUUGCCAAGUACGAUACUUCUCGCUCCGUGCCUUCUGUUGUCGACGGCUUCAAGCCCUCUCAGCGCAAGGUGCUCUUCGCAGCAUUCAAGAAGAAGCUGAAGAGCGACAUCAAGGUGGCGCAGUUUGCGGGCUACAUUGGAGAGCACGCGGCCUACCAUCACGGUGAAGCCUCGCUGGAGAACACCAUCAUUAACCUAGCUCAGGAUUUCGUGGGAUCCAACAACGUCAACUUGCUCGUGCCCUCCGGACAGUUUGGCACGCGGAUCCAAGGUGGCAAGGACCACGCAGCGUCAAGGUACAUCUUCACUCGACUACACAACAUCACGCGAUUGAUGUUCCACCCGGACGACGACAACGUGUUGGCAUACUUGGACGAGGAGGGUCAAAAGAUUGAGCCGAAGUGGUAUUGCCCAAUUUUGCCACUCGUACUUGUUAAUGGCGCGGAUGGUAUUGGCACUGGUUGGAGCACUUCCGUGCCGAACUACAACCCGCGGGAUAUCAUAAGGAACAUCAGGAAGAUGCUGAGGGGUGAGACUAUGCAGGACAUGUGCCCGUUCUACAAGGGGUUCAAAGGCUCUAUCACCCCGAACGAGAAGGAGGCUGGCAAGUACGACGUCUGCGGCGUCAUUGAGAAGAAGGAUGCCACAACUCUCAGCAUCACUGAACUUCCAAUAAGGCAGUGGACCCAGGCCUACAAGGAGUUCUUGGAGGGGUUGAUGCCCGCAGAGGGCAAAAAGGACGGCGACGAUUCGCAAAGUACUAUCACCGACUUCCGUGAGUUCCAUACCGAGAACAGCGCACACUUCGAGGUCACAAUGAGUGCCGAUCAAAUGAAGCGCGCCGAGCAUGCUGGCCUCGAGAAGACGUUCAAGCUGAAGACCACGAUCUCAACCUCCAACAUGGUGCUGUUCGACGAGGAAGGGAAGAUCGCAAAGUACAACACGGCGGUCGACAUCCUGAAGGAUUUUUGCAAGCUACGCAAGAAGGUUUACGUCGAAAGAAAGGGGUUCCUUGUCAGGAAGAUCACCCGCGAGAAGGAGAUCCUGAGCAACAAGGCCCGCUUCAUCUUGAUGGUGGUCGAAGGCGAGCUUGAGAUCCGCAAGAAGAAGAAGGCGGACCUGCUCAAGGAGCUCCAAAAGAAAGGCUUCAAGACGAUGAGCGAGUUGGACGCGCUCCUAGAGUGUGACAAUAUCAGCUCUUCCGAGCCAGAGGUGAACGAGGGCGCCGCUGCCGGGGACGAGGAUGCAGAGAAGACAGACUACGAUUACCUCCUCGGUAUGAACCUGUGGAGCCUGUCCUACGAGAAGGUGGAGGAGAUCAAGAAGCAGCACCAGAUCAAAAAACAGGAACUCGAGGAUCUGAAGAAGACCACGAUCGAGAUGAUGUGGGACCGCGACCUGGAGGCUUUGCUCAAGGGCCUCGACGAUAUUGACGCCCAGGAGCUGAGGGAGGAGGAGGAGGCCGCGCAGAUGACCGACGGCCGCCGCAAGAAGGACGCGGCCAAGCGCGGAUCGGGUCCUCCCAAGAAGGCCCCAAGCAGGGCAGCGUCCCGGCCCCACGCGGACGCGGAGGACACCAAACUCGACAAGGCGCUGCUCAGGCGGCCGCUGCAAGAGGGCGGCGACCUGGACGAGGCCGUCAAGACCACCUGGGGCUCUGGGGCGUCGUCCGAGAGGACGAACGCGGUGCCGGCCGGGCCGCCGCCCCCCGCGGCGCCGCCGGCGAAGGUCCGGAGGCAACGCUCCGCCAGGGCCGCGGACGACGCCGGGGGGGAGCAGGCCGCCGCGCCGGCGGAGGCAGAGCCGCCGCAGGAGGGGUCGAGCCUGUUGUCGAGGCUGCUCAGCAAGACGGACGACGGGGGCUCGCGGCGCGUGGGAUCCCUGCUGAGCCUCCCCUCGAGCAUGCCGUCGGCCUUCUCGUCCCUGGGCGGCGACGACGUCUUCGGGUACCUCGGCACGAUGCGCUCCGACAGUGCCGGCUCGUCCGGCGACGUGGAUUUCGGGGCGCCGCCCGGGCUGGGUGUGGACGAGGCCGGCGAGCCCGGGGAGGGGGCCGCGGCCUCGGCCAAGCCGGGCGCAGGCAGGGGCAGAGGUCGCGGCCGCGGGCGCGGCCGGGGCGCCGACGACAAGGAAGCCGCGCCGCAGCCCGACGACUCCGGCGCCAUGGACGACGACGACGGCGACGGCGACGGUAAGGACGCGGAGCAGGAGCCGGGCGGCCGCGGCCGCGGCAGAGGCAGGGGCAGGGGCAGCGGCAAGCACGCCGCGGGCGACGGCGCCGCGGGCGGCGGCGCCGACGCCCCGCCGGAGAAGCGGAGGAGGCCAGGGAAGGCCGCGGAGUGA